CGAUAACUCGUCACGUGACAUUCUCGCCAUUAACGAUUUCAUUGGCCAGCGAAGGGGAUCUGUGGGAGUAAUCCUUGGAUAUUUUAUUCCAUGAUCUAAAACAUUUAUAUUUAGGCUAUUAAGACGCUACAUACAACAAAAUUAAUUAUAGAAACAAUUAUUUUGCAUCAAGUGAACAUUCCUACAUUGGAAAGUUUGUUAAUGAUACAUUUGAAAAUUAUAUUUAUUACGAUGCAAAAUAUAAUUUCUCCCGAAAUAUCCCUUUCCCAUAUCAUGGCCUACAAGUAUUGUUGACAGACUACAGUGAGCUUUAGAAAGAUGAAGAAAAAACCCUUUCAUAGUUGCUGGCUUGCAAUCUUGACUGUGUUCGUAACAUUAAACUAUAGUUCAUCCAUGGACUGUCCUAAUUCAUGUCAAUGUACAGUGGAUAAUUCUGGAGCAUUCAACGUGGACUGUACAAAACUGGAACUCACAACUUUCCCUGAAUCGGUACCAGUUAGUACAACUAAGUUAAACAUCAGCAACAACAGGAUGACUUUCUUGGAAAGACUUCAGGAGGAAGAUACAGUAUAUUCCAAUGUCACAGUUUUGGAUUUAAGUAAUAACAGUCUUGUUGAUAUUAAUGAUUUUUUGCAAUCAUUUCCUAAUUUAAAGUAUUUACAUUUGAAGAAAAAUGAAUUAACUGAAAUUCCCAAGUUUUUACCUGAAACACUGGCAGUAUUAUAUGCAGAUAUAAACAUGAUCAAAAGUCUAUGGAAUCUAAAUGGGAGUCGUCUAAGAGAACUCUACCUCAGUGAUAAUUUUAUUGAUCUUAGUGGUAUUAGUAGUAAGCAAAUGAAAGGAACACACAAAACCAUUGAACUAUUAGACCUUGAAAUUUUGGACCUUGCAGGAAAUCAGAUAAGGGAAGUAGAUGAUAAAACAUUCAGCAGAUUUCCCUCGUUGAAGCACAUAUCUCUAUCAAACAACAGAAUAUCAAAUGUGUCUUUUGUGAAGGAAUUGAAAGUAGUUGAAGUCCUAGAUCUAAGCAAUAACUCCAUUUCAGAAUUCACUAAAAAUGUUUUUAAAAAUUUGCAUAGCCUACGAUAUUUGUCAUUGGCAUUUAAUAAUUUUGUAAGUUUGCCGAAACAUUUCCCCACUCUUGAAUGGCUGGACAUGUCAUUUAAUAAUAUCAGCCAUUUGACAGAGGAGGUGGAUAAAAAAGAGCUUUACCCUCAUGAUGUGUUUCUAUUGGGGGGUAAUCCAUUUCACUGUGACUGCCACCUACAAUGGGUUAAAGACUUAUAUGAAUUACGUAUUUACUUAUUAAAAUAUAUUGACGUUAAGAUAGAGAAAUAUGUCCCAGUUUGUGCAACACCUAUAAAUUUAGCUGGGAAGUCCUGGGACUUGGUCGACUCAGAACAGUUUGUAUGUUCUGGUAAAGUUGAAAAUCCAUUAAUGGAAGAUGAAUCAAUUGCGACAGAUCUUCACCGGUCCUCAGAACUACAUGUGAAUUUUGUUGGACAGAAUUACAUCAAAUUAAGUUGGACGCCAUUGCAGUGGGAUUCAAAGUCACAAUCAAGGGAGACAAUUUUGGCAUACCGAAAAUUUGGUGGAGAGAAUAUUUGGAGGGAGGUAUUAGUCCAAGGUAAUGCAGGUGUUUACACUAUAAGAGAUUUAAACCCUAACACUGCAUACAUCGUCUGUCUGAAGGGAGGUAUAGCCCCGGACAAGAGCUGUGUGGAAGUGGUCACUCCGAGUCAAUCUUGGCUAGAAGACAAUGUAUAUUUGUGCUGGGUGGCUGCCCUUAUAUUCAUCAUCAUUUCUGUCAUACUGACUCUUUGCAUGUGUUUCUUCAAAGGUGACAUUCACAAGAAGCAGCUAUAAAUCUGCAGUUAAUUUUAUUUUGUAUGAAAAAGAAGUGAUUUUCUAAAAACCAGAAUAAAAACAUCUAGAGAAUGCA